CAAGCCAAGUGUCAAAAAAAAUUAAUUUGUCUUGCAGGCGAAUAAAAAUUUGCAUUGUUUUGAUAAAAUUUAGCUAAAAAGUGCGUUUCCGUGAUUAUCAGUGAUUGUGAAUCAAGUCAAAAAUAUUUUGAAGAUAACGCAUCUGCAACUUGAAAUAAAGUGUAAUGCAUAAAUAUGUCCUCAAAGGUGGAAAAUGAUGAUGAUUCAUUUAUAAUUGUCCUGGGUUCUUCCCCUGGCGCCAGUAUGGACGUGGAGAAGUGCAACGGUCUGGUUAAUGGAGAAUUGGAGAAGUCACAGAUUGAAGAUGCCAUGAAAGAUCUGUCAGUUGAUGCCAAUAUGGCUUUUAAAGCACAAUUUCAAUUGGGGGACAGUCCAUCCCCAGCCAGUAUGAUGGUUGCCAGCACCCUUAUAACUGACGACAGGAGCACAGAGGAACUCCAAAAGAGAUUCGGUGAACUUCUAGACGAGAAUGUGGUCCUCAAGGAGACUCUGAAACAGAACAACGACUCAAUGAAGGAACAGUUCAUGUUGAUAGCAUCUUGUCAGGAAGACAUGCUCAAAACCCACAGACUGCAUAAAGAGAAAUUUGAUGAGACCAGGGAACUAGUUGAAAGGCUAAGACACGAAAACAAACAGCUCAAAAUGGACAUAUCCCGUAUCUCAGAUAGUGAAGUGCCAAUAAACAGCGAGACAGGGGAGAGCAAGUCCGGAGCCUCGUCCGGGGUAGAGUUUGUCACGUCCCCAGAGGACGACACCAUAGACAAACUGACUUCGCAGCUUGAACUAGUCGAAAAGCAGAGAAGACAGGUUAUUGUUGAGAACGAGAAACUGUCGUGGCAGAAGGAGUCGCUUGAACACAUAGUAGAUGCUACUUCCAAAGAAAGAGAUGAUGCUAAGGAGAAAUUGAACGUUCUUGAGCUACAAAUGUCCAACAAGGAGACCAUUCACGCCCAGGAGCUACAGAAGCUUCAUUUCAUUAUAAAUGAUCUGCACGGCAAGCUGAAAUCAUCGAGCUCUAAUGUAUCUCCUGAGGAAUUGCUUAAACGGGACGCCUACAUACAGCAGUUGGAGGGCAAGCUGUCCGUGCAUCAGAACGAGUUGAAGAAGGCGCAAAUUAAAAUAUUAGAUUUGGAAAACAUAAAGUUGGAAUUCAGCCAGCACAAGUCGGGCGUAGCGGAGAUCACGAAAAUGCACAAAGAGCAGAUACAGGAGUUGACCAACAGAAUAAAAGAAGUACAGACAGUUGUGUUCCAACCGGUGCACGUCUCGCUGAGCUCGGAGUGCGAGUCCUCGUCUGAGUACGCCAGCUACGCCAACAACGUGAGGAUAUACGACCGCGCGCUCAAACACCUGGCCCAGUACCUCACCAGCUUGAGCAACGACUUGUCAGACAGUCUAGUCCACACUCUGGGAGUGAUAGCCAGUCUGUACGAUUUGAAGCUGGAGCGAGGAUCAGUGGAGCGAGUCAAGACGGGACUGAUUGAAGUCAAGCAGAUGAUAGAGCGACAACACAGCACUGCCUUGAAUAACAUAAGCCAAGUCCGCGGUACGCUGUCAAUCUUUGAAGGUAUAUUCAAAGACUACACUGAUCUAUUGAAGAAAUCGCUGACGAAGCAAGACCCUAAACCGCAGUCGCAAAGCGUCGAGCAACUGACGGCCGCGUUGGUCGCGCGCGGUCAGGAGCUGCAAGCCGUAGAGGAGAAGCUGCGCCAGUUACGAGACUAUAAAGAUGACAACGAACUGUUGAAAGCGCAAGUGGAUUUAUACAGGAGCGACUUCGAGGCGGAGCGCGACUCGCGCGCGAUGAUGGCAAGUGAGAAGGAAACCAUCGCUGCCGACCUGCGCACCGCACAGCGCAAGCUGGACGAGCUCACCACACAGAUGGAGGAAAUCCGCAUACUAAGCCCGAGUAUACACAAAAGUGUCACGGCCAAGAAGUUGCCUCCCAAGGCGCACGCGUCACCCGCGCGGCCCGCGCCCGUGUCUCACGUGCCCCCUGUCUCCCCCGCCUCCCCCGGAGCCGCCGCCGCUGCCACUGGGAAUAUGGUAUACAAAUGUCCGAAAUGCAUGCGGUUCUCCAGUGACCAGUACAAAGUGAUGGAGGACCACUUUGACUUCUGCUUGGACGACUUUUAGUCAUCUUCUCCUGGUAGCCCAGAGUAAUCUAAUGACUCCAGAUCAUUCGAUAGUAUUCCACGAGCAUAUGCAGUGUGCUUACGUAACGUUCUUAUCAUUAAGGUAAGCUCAUAACUUGAAGAAACGAUAACAAAUAUCAUCAUAUAGUUUAUGCAAUGUUUAAACGAUUUUUGUGUAAAUUAAUUGGUUUCGGCAAUAGAUUUUUAUGAAUUUUUUGACUUUAUUUGUAUGAAUUUCAUAUUUUUUAAACAUUCAGUGUCUUGUUGAUUGAUUUAUUAGCCCAUGUCUUAGCACAAUGCCGAUUUCUGGGUGAAAAUUCAACUUUUAAAGUUAUCAAUUGUAAGAUAUAACGACCGAAAAUGUGGUCGUACAGUUCUCUCCGAGACGCGAAGGUGUUUUAAACAAAUUUCCCGCCACUCUUAAAAAAUAUUGAGUAUUACAAAAAAACAUUAAAGCCCUUAAGUUUAUAGUAGAGAAAAUAUAAGCUACUUAUAUACCUAAGACUUGUGCCACGAGAUAUCUCAUGUAUCUGCUGAAGAAUUUCUUAGCAAAAUUGUUUUGAUUAUUUUUUUUGGCAUUGUAAGGACUUUUUUGACUAUUAUCUUUUUAAUAAAAACUUUAAAUAUUUUUUUUUUCAACAAGACACUUGGAAUUAAAUAUAAUUAAUUUUAUUUCAAUAAAAAAUACUUUAUUAAGUAUGUAUUAAAAAUACAGUUUUAUUCUGUCUGUAUCGAUAUGUAGCUAAUGUAUUUAAUAAGAAUAUGUACCUUCCAAUUACGUAUACCAUAAAAGAUUUUGUAGUGCCAUUAUAUAGUUCCAUAUGAAAUUUUAUUUCGACGGUCAUAAUGAAACAGAGAUAUUUACUAUAAAAAAAUAUAUACUAAGUAAGUUUAGAUGUAAUAUAAAUGGUGAGUGAAUUUAUGACACUUUUACUGUUAACUAAUUUGUGAUACUUUCAAUAAAAUAUAUCAUUACACAUAGUUCUUUAUAGUUACCGCAUAAUUUGCUAUAAGCAAACCAAUCCAAAUAAUGUAAUACCUAACUUUGCUUUGAAGAGUAUUUUGCAUUUAGGAUUCUUGUUUUACAUAAUCCAGUGUCAUUCAAGAUAAUAAUUUACAAGGAAAUAUUCGUGCAAAUGUAUUCCUUGGUAGGGCCGAAAAUAUUUUUUAGUUACAGCGUUGGAAAAGGCUUUUUUUGUAACCUGACAAAGCUUUAUAAAACGCUUUAUAUACGGUUGUACUUGCGUGUUAGUGUGUGUGUUAGGAACGAGUCUUCAGUUUAUCAUGUUACCGGCAAUCUGUAUAAUCCGGUAUUCUAUACAAUGCCUAGGAAAUGUAUAAAAUUCCGGGGGCGUUUUGACAUUGUAGGAAAUAUUAGGAAUAAGAUCUUGUACCUAGACUCUGGGUAGGUGACUUCACUCUCUUCUCUCUUCUAUAGAAUACUCUAGGUCCUAGAGUAUUCUAUAAAACACAAAAGAGAGCAAGUCACGCAGUGUGAAUUAAGUUCAUAGCCUAAUCUUCAAUUUUGUGUGGUAUGGACUCCUCGGAGUCUAGUCUUCCCUACCACUAGAGUACUUUUGAAAAACGCGAAGCGAAGUUCGUGAAGGAGGUCCUGAACGGAGGUCGAGAAUGUGAAGCUGAAUGAAAGGGCGACGGAACAAGUCUUCUGGCGCAGCUACAUUUUAAAAACAUGAGUCUUGAAAAAUGUUUGCUAUGUUAUUUUGUGGCAUGUUACCAAUUUAAGUUAUUGCUGUCUACCAAGCUAGAACCCUAAAUGAGCUUGACAGUAGAUAUGACCAUUGACUUCUGCCUUCGAUUCAUCGGGUGUAAUUUUUCAGUUAGUGCAUUUUAAGAAUUUAAAUAUCACGCGUCUCAAACGGCGAAGGAAAAACAUUGUGAGGAAACCUACAAACCUGAGAAUUUUCUUAAUUCUCUAUGUGUGUGAAGUCUGCCAAUCCACACUGGGCUAGCGUGGACUAUUCUAACUCCUAUCAUUCUCAUUAUAAGGAUACUCGUGCUUAAUAAUAAGCCGAAUAUGGGUUGUUAAUGAUGAUGAUGAAGCUAGAACUCAAAGCCGUAAAGCCAUUUAAAAAAAUCAUACAUUGGCAGAAUGCCCUUUAUUCUAUACAUUGCCUAGACACUGUAUAGAAUACCUGAAUUAUAAGUAUUGUCUGUAUCAUAUACACACAAACACGCUUGGUCACUACCACUACAUUCAAAGCCGAACGGACUUCCCGUAGUAGAUUGACUAUAUCUAUGCAUUUAAUUUUGUUAGCUUUUCAUACAUUGGACCACCCUACUGUUAUUCAUAAAUUGUUACAUUUAGUUUCGAGAAAGCGAUUUAUUUGUAUUUAGUGUGAUUGAAAAAGACUGGUUGUUCCUAAUAUGCUAUUAGUAGAUUAAAAUGUUUUAGACUCAAUUAACUAUAGAUAUGUCAAUACAGUGGAGUGGAUUACCCGAACAUUCUUCUUUAUUUUAAUGGCUUUUAAAUGAUACUUGAAAGAAAGAAAGAUUUUAAUUUGAUAAACACAACAAACGAAUCAAAAAAGCAUAAAUACAAUAGAAAACUUGUCUAUGGCCUAACCAUAGACACAGCAUAACGUUCCACCUUACUACUACGUCUGAUAGAUGGCGCCAAUGUCCCAUCCAGCAAGGCAGUGGGAAAUCAAUGUCUUUUCACUCACUUCAACAAAAGAAACGAAAAGGAAGCGCAAAUGAACAAUUAUCAUGCUAUGUUUUCCCCUACGUUGAGAUUGGCGUAAUUAUAGCAAAAUAAUCGCAGUACAUACCAUAGACAAGACCGCAGUAUACUAUAGACAAGAAAGAAGAAAUAUUUUUUUUGUCAAUAAUGGACCGAGCCGUGAUAGCCCAGUGGAUUAAAUCGUGGUUUCUAGUUUACAAUGAUUUAAGUAAAGAGUUUACUAAUUCUCAUUUAAAUAAAUAACGUAUGGACUUUCAUUAGUUCGGUUAAUCAAUUCCCCACUGUAGGUAUUUCAAUAUACUGUAGUAUUAAGUACAUCAGAAAUCUUGUAUGCAAUAUUUGAUAGUGUUUUAAUGUUCAGCCAUUUUGUAAUAGAAUUUUGAAUGUAGUUAUUUCCCAUUUUAUCUGUAGUUAUUUGUUUUAUUCAUUAAACACAUUAUUAUUCUUUAAUUUAAACUAUUGUUGAUCAUUUGAAGCAAAGGAAAUUUACAAAGAAGUGUUAUAUAUUUUUUUUUGUGUAAAAUAAUUUUAGUCAGUUUACAAAGAAAAAAAUGAUGGCGUAAUGAAAUAAUUAUACUGUAAAAAACAUAGUGUUGAUUUGGUUGAAUUAUCCGAAUAAACUGUCAAAAUUACAUUUUAAUAUUGGUAGAGCUUUUUGUGACUCAUUUAUAAAAAAGGCCUAGCCCUGAGGGCCGUCAAAAUAGGCCGUUAAAAGAUGAGGGUUUUUGUGACACCUUGUACUACCGCCAUGUUUGUUCUGCCGUCAAUCAGCAUUGCUGUCUGUUGGUGUGAAGAGCAUUGAUGCCAGUUUAGAUACAGGAAAAAAAACAGACUCGAAUUGGGAAUCUCCUCCUUUUUUUGAAGUCAACCAACUUCAAAAAAAGUGAUGCUUAGUAUCUACGCCUUAGGCUAAUGGAUACAAGGCAGCAUUUGAUCGUCUCUACCCUAUGAUUUGCGCUAAAAAUAAGGUAUCCCUCCGCUCCAAGGUCACUUUCUAUAACACCUGCAUCCCUCCAAUGACCUUUGAUAUAGUAGUGUUUACCCACCGCCCAAACUUUAAACAGUGUGGUUCAACACUUUUUCGUUCUAGCCUUAAGGUCACAACUUUUGGAUGUGGGUCGUCCUGAGUAAGAUCUAGUAGAAAUGUUGGAGAUUUUCUUUUUUAAAUGAAAUUCCCAGAAACUACAGGGGUUGUUAAGUUUGUGGCGUAUUUUCCAAAAGUGAAUAUGAAAAUUAUGUGUAAAUGCUAUCAGUGCUAAUCAGUGAAAAAGCUAAAGUAAAUAGAAACGAAACAGAAAAUGGUACAUUUCUCUUGGCAGUUUGUGAUAAAAUCAUCUAGAUGAAUUUAUGUUCAACCAAAUUAACAUCACUGCUGAUUGUAUUCUGUCUUAGAUUGAGUAGCACAAAUUUUCCAAAAGUUAAGCAUAACUACAUUUUAAAGUUGAGUUUUUUUGUGAUUGCAUUUUAGUUAUUGAGUCGUUAACAUAAUAAAGUUAUUCUUAUACCAAUAA